AUGCCUUGCAGACGGGUGCACGGGAGCGCCAUUCUGGAGGUUAAGGCAGAUAUUCAAGGCAUAUCUGUAAGGCAUAUAAGACCUAUACCUUACGGACACUGUAGUGAGGAACGGCUUGCAGCCGACCACGCUCUGCCCGUUGAUCUCGUGCCGAGCAGCGAGGGCCCUGGGACGCCUCCGUGGCGGGAGCAUCCGCCAGCCCGGGCCCUGGCAGGGCUGAAUGCUCUCUUUGUCCUCGCACAGUACGGUCUCUAUUCCUCUUUCGUGGGCUGCUUCGUUUACUGCCUCCUGGGCACCUCCAAAGACGUGACGCUGGGCCCCACGGCCAUUAUGUCGCUGCUGGUCUCUUCAUACGCCUUCCACGACCCUGCCUACGCCACCCUGCUCGCCUUCCUCUCGGGCUGCAUCCAGCUAGCCAUGGGCCUCCUGCACCUGGGUUUCCUGCUGGACUUCAUUUCCUACCCCGUCAUUACAGGCUUUACGUCAGCUGCUUCAGUCACCAUUAGCUUCAGCCAGGUCAAGAACAUCCUGGGGCUGCACGGCAUCCCACGGCAGUUCUUCCUGCAGGUGUACGAGACUUUCCGGCGCAUCGGGGAGACCAGGGUCGGGGAUGCCACCCUGGGGCUGGCCUGCCUGGUCGUGCUCACGGGGCUCAGGUGCAUGAAGGGCCACGUCCCCCGGGGCUGCCAGAUGGAGCCGCUGCUGGUCAGGAUGGGUCAUCUGAUCGUCUGGGCCACGGCGACAGCCCGCAACGCCCUCGUGGUCCUGUUUGCUGGCCUGGUUGCCUACUCGUUCCAGGUGACAGGCUCCCAGCCCUUCGUGCUCACCGGGGAGACGCCCAAGGGGCUGCCUCCCUUCCAGCCGCCUCCUUUCUCCAAGGUCACGGCCAACGGCACCGUCCCCUUUGGCGAGAUGGUUCAGGACCUGGGAGCUGGGCUGGCCGUGGUGCCACUCAUGGGCCUCCUGGAGACCAUCGCAAUCGCCAAGGCCUUUGCCUCGCAGAAUAGCUACAGAAUCGACCCCAAUCAGGAGCUGCUGGCCAUGGGCUGCACCAACCUCCUGGGCUCCUUCGUCUCAUCCUACCCGGUCACGGGCAGCUUUGGGCGGACUGCAGUGAAUGCACAGUCUGGUGUGUGCACCCCAGCCGGGGGGCUGGUCACAGGGACCUUGGUCCUGCUCUCCCUGGCCUACCUGACCUCCUCCUUCUACUACAUUCCCAAGGCGGCGCUGGCUGCCGUCAUCAUCGGGGCCGUGGCUCCCAUGUUUGACGCCGGGAUCUUCAGGACGCUGUGGCGUGUUAAAAAGCUCGACCUCGUGCCGCUGUGCGUGACCUUCGUGCUGUGCUUCUGGGAGGUGCAAUACGGCAUCGUGGCUGGCAUCCUGGUCUCGGGGAUCCUCCUGCUCUACACCAUUGCCAGGCCCCCAAUAGAGGUCUCCGAGCAGGGGGUGCUUCUCCUGCAGCCUGCGAGCGGCCUGCACUUCCCAGCUGUCGAGCACCUCCGGGAAGCCGUGCACCAACGGGCGCUGGCAGGGUCACCAGCGCGCUGCGUCGUCCUGGACUGCACACACAUCAGCAGCAUCGACUACACGGUCGUGCGGGGGCUGGCGGACCUGCUGCAGGAGUUGCUCAAGAAGGGCAUCUCCCUCGUCUUCUGCAGCCUGCAGCCUCAUGUUCUCCAUGUCUUGCUGUCUGCGAACCUGGAAGGAUUUCAGCAUUUCCCCAGCCUGGAGGAGGCAGUAGAGCAGGAGCUGCAGGGCAGCCAUCGGGUCCUCUUCCAUGAUGCCGACGAGACCACGCUGCUGACGCCAGGGCUCAUCCAGUGAGAACAUGGCUCUGGCCAUCCCGCCAUCUGCCCCCCGCUGCCACCCAGGGCUGCUUUGGGGGGCUCUGGAAGAAGGAUGCGUGCCAGCGCUCCCGGUCUGCUCCUGGGGCACUUCCAGGCAACACAGCUGGAGGGGAGGGAACGCUCCUCUAGGCAACACUACACGCGACGGGAAGAAAACGCAUCUCACCCGGCUGCGGCUCUCUUGUUUCUCUGUUGUAGGGGGCACCGAGAGCCUGGCGCUAGCUGGGGCUGGGGAGCUUAGCUCUGCCUGGGGGCAGCGCGGAGGCAUUGCCUUGCGCGCACUUUAGCGUCCCCCUUGUUUGCGGGAUGGAGGGGACGAUGCCUGAGAAUCGUGCAAAGCUCCUUGCAGGAAGAAGGCAGGGAGACGCCAGCCCUGCCACCUGCCUGUAGGUUGAGGAUGGUCCACAUUGAGACCUGGCAGAGGGGCAGCAAGUCUGGGGCGCUCUGGCCGUGGCCACCACUCAUCCGGAGGGCUCGGUGAGGGCGCUGGCACGUUGUAGACAAGGAAGGGGACUCCUGGAAGCGAGCUGGUGGGCAGAUGGGUGGAGGUGGCCUUUGGGCACUGUGUGCAGGUCUCUGGGGUUGUCUUUGCUCUUUGUUGUCGAUCCCCUGCACACCACAUCUCUGCAUGUGCUUCGCCUGUGUGGUGGGCCGGGGUCUAGUGCUUAGCUUUGGGCAGUUGGGCUUGAUGUGGCCCUGCUCCCCGCAGUUAUAGCACCCCCUCCUUUCCCAAUUGGGUGGUCUGUCCGAGUCUGGGGCCGCCUUGCGCUCGGCAGGAGGUGGCCCUCUUUCCCCUUUUUGACCUGGGCCUCCCUUCCCCCCUCUUUGCUCCUUCCCAGAGUAGGGGGGCUGCUCACGGUUUAGCAACAGUCGGUCUGCAAUUUCUGCGGCCUCGUAAGCAUCUUUGGGGUCCCUGUCCCUGACC